CUAGGUGGAGAUUAUUUUGGGACAGAAAGAAGAAGAAGAAGAAGUAGCAUCAACCAGACGAGUGGCUUUUGACGGAAUAUUCCUUUUCCGGCGACGUAACUGAUCAAUCACUCUCUCUCGUUCAAUAGGGAGAGAGAAGGUAGCAUAACAGUGAUGGUGUGCACUUCGUCUCUUCAACCUAGAUUCCUCUCCUCCUUCGUCGGAGAUUGUCGUUUCAUCCACUCUACUUUCAACUUCAAUCGACGCUUUCGCUAUGAACCAGGAAAAAAAAAUAUAAACAUGCAAAUGUCAAGAAACUUUUCUGGCUUAACCAAUCUCCUGUUCAAUAGAAGAAAUGUUGAUAAAUUGGCAGACAGCAAACAGAAACCUUUAAAACAAGGAAAAGUAUCUCCUUGUCGUCCAGUUCCAGAUCACAUACCAAGGCCUCCUUAUGUCAAAUCACGAAAACCUCCUGGAAUUGCAAGUGGUCCUGAGGUGCAUGAUGAGAAGGGAAUACAGUUGAUGAGAGCUUCUGGGAGGCUUGCUGCACAGGUUCUUGAAUUUGCUGGAACUUUGGUCAAGCCAGGCAUAACUACAGAUGAAAUUGAUCAAGCAGUUCAUCAAAUGAUUAUUGACAAUGGAGCAUAUCCUUCACCUCUUGGCUAUGGAGGGUUCCCAAAAAGUGUGUGCACUUCAGUCAAUGAAUGCAUUUGUCAUGGAAUCCCAGAUUCUCGUGCACUUGAGGAUGGUGAUAUUAUUAACAUUGACGUUACAACUUAUUUAAAUGGGUAUCAUGGAGAUACAUCAGCCACUUUCUUCUGUGGAGAUGUUAACGAUGAAGCUAUAGCCUUGGUACAGGUAACAAAAGAGUCCCUAAACAAAGCAAUAUCAAUCUGUGCACCCGGAGUAGAGUUCAAUAAAAUUGGGAAAACAAUCCAGAGCAUUGCAGAUGAACAUCGCUAUGGAGUGGUGCAACAGUUUGUUGGUCAUGGAGUGGGACGCGUUUUCCAUGCGGAUCCUGUUAUUUUGCACUACAGAAACAAUGGGCGAGGACGAAUGUUGCUGAAUCAGACAUUCACAAUUGAGCCUAUGUUGACAAUUGGAAGCAUAGAACCGGUAAUGUGGGAUGACAAUUGGACGGUUGUGACUAAAGAUGGAAGCCUGUCGGCACAGUUCGAGCACACGAUCUUAAUAACAAAAGAUGGUGCUGAAAUAUUAACCCAAUGCUAAACUAAAGCUAGUAGGUACACUUUUCUGAUUCUUUCAAAUAUGAAGAAUGAAUGUCCAUUAUGAUUAUUUGAAGAAAAAAACAUGGUUUGAUUUAUAUAAUAACUCAAUUUGGAUAA